GCCCUGCGGCCUGCCACCCGGGAUCCCGGGGCGUGGGCGGCCUCUCCCGGGGACCGGCCCAGUUCGUGAGUGUCCCCCGGCCCCGGGGCGCCGCGUCCCGCCUCCGGCCGCCCCCCGCCCGCGGGACCAGCGCCCCCGCCGAAGGGGGGGCGGCACCGACCGCCGAGCGGCCCCUUUAAAGGAAGGACCGCCCCCCGCUGGGUGACGUCACCCCGCCCCUUACGUCACCGCGUCGCGCUACGUCGCGGCGCUCCGCCCAUGCCCGUUCCGUUCCGAGAUGGCGGCGGCGGCGGCGGCAGGGCGGGGCUGAGGCACCCGCCGCCCGCAGCGUUCCCGGCCGGCCACGGCGCUCCCGCCAGCACCACGCCAUGCAGCCGCCCCGCCGCAGCGCCCGCCAACCGCCUCGCGCCCCGGUGACCGGUGCUGCCGCGCAGCGAGGACCGAGGAGGUAGAGCCGCUUCGCCGCCCCUGGCCGCGCCGCUGUCUCCGGCCACCAUGCUGCGGCGCCUGCUCGACCGGCCCUGCACGCUGGCCCUGCUCAUCGGCUUCCAGUUCGCCUUCAUGGCCUACUUCUCGCUGGGCGGCUUCCGCAACCUCACCUCCAUCUUCGGGCGCGAAACCAGCCCCGUCUUCGACUACUCCCGCACCCACGACAUCUACACCAACCUGAGCCGCCUGUUGCCCCGGGAGCCUCCGCGCAGCGACCCCGCGCAGCCCCUGCCCUACUGCCCCGAGCGCUCGCCCUACCUCAUCGGUCCGUUGACGGUGAGCUUCAGCCGGGUGCCCACGCUGGAGCAGAUCCAGGCGAAGAACCCGGCCGUGAGCGAGGGAGGCCGCUACCAGCCCUCCGCCUGCGAGCCCCGGUCCCGCACGGCCAUCAUCAUCCCGCACCGCAACCGCGAGACCCACCUGGGCCACCUGCUCUACUACCUGCACCCCUUCCUGCAGCGCCAGCAGCUCCAGUACGGCAUCUACGUGGUGCACCAGGCGGGAAACUCCACCUUCAACCGGGCCAAGCUGCUGAACGUGGGGGUGAAGGAGGCGCUCAAGGACGAGGAGUGGGACUGUCUCUUUCUCCACGACGUGGACCUCAUCCCCGAGAACGACCACAACCUCUACACGUGCGACCCCUGGAACCCCAAGCACGUCUCCGUCGCCAUGAACAAAUUCGGCUACAGCCUGCCGUACCCGCAGUACUUCGGGGGGGUCUCGGCUCUCACCCCCGACCAGUACAUGAAGAUCAAUGGUUUCCCCAACGAGUACUGGGGCUGGGGUGGCGAGGACGAUGACAUUGCCACCAGGGUACGCCUGGCUGGCAUGAAGAUCGCCCGCCCGCCCAUCUCCAUCGGCCACUACAAGAUGGUGAAGCACAAGAGCGACAAGGGCAACGAGGAGAACCCGCACAGGUUCGACCUGCUGAUCCGCACCCAGCGCAUGUGGACGCAGGACGGCAUGAACUCCCUCACCUACACGCUGCUGGCCAAGCAGCUGCACCCGCUCUACACCAACCUCACGGUGGACAUCGGGACGGACCCGCGCGCCGGCCAGGGCCGCAAGGGGCUCGUGCCCGGCCACGAGGGACAGAGGUACCAGAGCAGCUCCAGCCUCUUCAGGCAGGAGAUGCUGCGCAAGCUGCCCCGGGCCACGAUGGGAUGGGGGGCCCAGGGACUGUAUCUGCCCAGCGCGCUCAGCCAGGCCUUGGCCCCACGAGUGUCCCCAGGGCCCACGGGCAUCACGCACCAGCCUGCGAGCAGGGCAGCGGCUAACGGCACCCAGGGUGACGCCAAUGGGGCGAAGGCUGGCGCCCCCCCAGCGCUGGGAGCCAGCCAGCGCAGCCCCGAAGCUUUCGGGAAGAGCAGCUCUGACCCGGACCCAGCAUCGGCCGUGGCAGGGGUCAGCGCCAGCCUGGCCCCGGCGGGAGAGGGGGCUGUUUCUGCGCGGGGGGAGAACCAGAGCUCGCUGCAGGGCUCCCACUAGCUGAUGGCCGUCACCACCCCCCCGGACAAAGACUCGCUUGCCAUGAAGCGGCUCUUCCUGGCGUUGGGAAGGGACCCCCGUGCCGGCGCUGCCGGGAGGCGCCCGGGGCGGGGAACCGGUGCCAGGCGAGCCCUACCCCCUGCAGGGCAGGCUCGUGCCGUUGCCUUGCUGUAGAGACUGCGGGGAGCAACUAGCCCAGGGCAAACGCUGCUGGCUGUGGGGCUGGUGCCUGGGCCUGUUGGGGGGGGAACCCCUGGGAAAAGGGGGGCAGGGAGAGGUAGAGCUGGGGGCAGAGUCGUGGCUGCUGCCUGGGGCUGGUGGGGGCCGUGCCCUGGGCCUCGCCGUGGGACAGCACAGUGCCAGGGAGGGCUGGGCACACGCAGGCGCGCCAGGGCCCCGCGGGCUGGACCGGCCCCGCUCUGCCUGAGGCCUCCGGCCGGGGUGCGUGUGCCUGAAGCCAGUCGCAGGCUCUGCUGCCAGUGUGUGGUUAUUUAUUCUAUUUAUGAGCUGCUCCCUGGACCUUUAUAACAGUUUUUCAAUUAAAAAAAAAACUUUGUC